UCUGUGGAGUCUGGCAUCUUCCGCGAGAUUGCAGAAAAGGAGGCUGAGGGCAGGAUCAAGUACAAGUUAUUGUCGCAAUUUCCACAAGCUAUCGACACAUUGGUGAGGCGCGGUGACCACGUCAUCAUGGACCUGGAGAUAGUCAUAAACAUGAUAAUUGCCCAGUACUUCUCUUACACAGGGAGAUGUGACUUUUACUCGUCUAGAGAGAGGUUUUUGCCAAUUUUGUUAUCCACUAUAGGGCAGAAGAACAACCCUCUUGUCCCAGCUAUAAGUAAGAGGGUCAUCUCACUGACUGAAGCAGGACUGUACAACCAGUGGUUUAAAUAUAUGGUUCCCAACAUAUCUUCCUGUGUUUCUCCUCCCAGCAAGAUCACCGUCAGCACCUCGCUCUCCCUCGCUAACCUCUGGGGUAUGUUUGUGGUGUUAGUGGGUGGCCACGCGCUGGCUCUUCUGGUUCUCUGUAAUGAGCUCAUCACCAGUCACAGUCUUCAGGCCCGGAACCACUCGUCACGAUUCCUGUCUCGCUAUACAAUCAGUCAGUCAAAAUGCCUUUUUCUUGUUACAGAGGACUACCAUGGAGAUGGAGCGUCGACGGACAACUAAGCCCACAGCCCUAGCAGAGCGAGCUGGAUUUGUGAAAAUGUGGAGGGAGGGCAUGUCUCUCCAUGCUAUCGCUCGAGAGACUGGUGUAAGCGUCACCACCGUCUUCAGGUGGAUCCAUCGGUGGCUGAAGGAGGGCAACGUCAACACCAGACCUCGUGGACACAGACCUCAUUCAACAUACGCUGAAGGACGCUCAGCUGCCUCUUACGCUGUUGUUUGUCAUCCCACAGUUUCAGGGAACAAAGAUCAUAUCCAGAAUUUUCAUUACGAGGUCCAAAAAUCUCCACAGCAUUUCCUGAACUUCCUGGAAAGAGAAGCGUGUCACAGCCAGUAUGCUUACAUGAAUUACCUGAAGCUUCAUGUCCAGCUCCACAACCUCCGCUCUGAGAUCGAACAUUUAAAUUAUUUUGUUAUGCAUUGCAAUAUAAAUUUGGUCACUGAGAAUGUUCUGACCAGAAUGACCAAUGUGUGUGUCCAAGACCAUGGUGGAGACGAAAGAGAUGUAAAGUCAUCAGAAGAAAAAUUUAAGACUCAUUCCCGCACGAUGGGAAUCUGAACUGAGCCUUUAUAGUCCCAUAAUAGGGCAUUUAUAAACUAUGUAGUGAAAAUAAAGAAAUCUUAUACAAUUCUAUUCUGUUGCUCAAUUCUCUAAAUUACUUCACCGUUUUUUGGAUAAGCAUAUUACAAACUAGGUACUAUUAGAAAACCAUAAAUUAUAGCCAUGGGCGUUUCAUAAAUAUCAUGCAGAAGCAA